AUGUCGUCCCACUUUGUCGAGUUGUACGAACAAGCGCCCAAGAGCUUUAUCUUGACGCUAUUCCUCUCCAUCGCCAGCACUCUCUAUCUCAUACGACGUGCCCUCCUGCCCAAGCCGAUCCCAGGCAUCCCAUAUAACAAAAAUGCAACCAAUUCCAUCAUGGGCGACAUGGCCGAAUUUAGGGCAGCCAAGAACCGUCGCGAAUGGUGGGCGCUACAAGCUGUAAAGCACCAAUCUCCAUUGGUUCAAGUGUUUAUGAAACCAUUUGGGCUUCCUUGGGUUUUUGUAGCGGAUCAUUUUGAAGCAUCGGAUAUUUGCAUGCGACGACUCAAAGAUUUUGACAGAGCCGACAUCACAAGACAGCAGUUUAGCGGGCUGACACCCCUUCACCAAAUCACGCUCAAAACAUCAGAUCCGCAGUUCAAGAAGAAUAGAGAGCUAGUUCGGGAUCUGAUGUCAAGUAGUUUUCUCCAACAGGCCACAGCUCCUCAAAUUUACCACAAGUUCUCGACUCUGAUGAACCUUUGGGAUCGCAAGAGAGAUCUAUCCGGUGGAAGACCAUUUGACAUCUCUCACGAUAUUCACAAUGCAGCGUUCGACAUAAUCUUGGGAGCCUCAUUUGGUGUCGAUUCAGGACAAGGACAAAUCGGAAAAGAGCUUCAUGAGCUGAAAAGCAAGACUACAAUCGGAGGAAAUGACGACGCGUUCGAGUUUGAACAUGUCCCAUUCUACGAUGAAGAGCUUGGCUGCUUCGAUACUCUCAUUGAAAGCUUCAACGUUUCGAUGCGAUCACCCUACCCUCUCUUCAGCCACUUCCUUUAUCGCAAUCUGUCGCCGAAGAUGAGGGAGGCAAAUGCAAUGCGCGCCAAGUUGCAAGAUCGAGAGAUCGCCAAGAGCAUCGAAAGAAGGGAAAAGGGCCACCCACAACGCUGCGCUUUGGAUAGCAUGAUGGCUCGUGAAGACGCGAUUGCCGAGAAAGAAGGCCGCAAACCCGAUUACCGAAGUCAAGCCAUUCUCAGCGAGUUACUUGGGUACCUUGUUGCUGGCCAUGAGACAACAUCAGGUGUUCUGCGAUGGGGCAUGAAAUACCUGACGAAAGACCAGCGUGUACAGGCAAUCCUCCGUGAGGCAUUCCGGACGGGGUAUGCUGAUGCACUCGAGCAAAAGCGCGUCCCAACCAUGGACGAGAUUCUCAAAGCUCAUAUCCCAUACCUCGACGCUGUUAUUGAGGAGAUACUCCGCCAUGCGCGGGUUACUCCCAUUACUCUCAGAGAAGCCGUUGAAGAUACACAGAUCCUCGGCCAUCACAUUCCUAAGGGCACGACGAUUGGCUUUCUAGGAAACGGCCCUGGCGUCAUGAUGCCGAGUAUCCCUGUUGAUCUGAACAAGAGAUCCGAAGCUUCUCGAGCACAUGUCAACAAGAUGGAACUCUUUGACGAAUCAAACAUCUCCCAGUUCGUUCCAGAAAGAUGGCUCACAACACAAACUAACGAGAAGGGAGAAGAGGUGACCGUUUUUGACCAUAAUAACGGUCCGCAGCAAGCGUUUGGUCUGGGGCCCCGUGCAUGCUUUGGUAAGAAAUUGGCAUAUAUGGAGAUCAAGGCUUUCUUUACGUUUGUGUUCUGGGAGUUCAAGUUGGAACCAGUCAAGGCUGAGCUGGCAACGGAUGAAGAGAUGGUUGCGUUGACGAGGGCGCCCAAGAAUGUUUAUGUCAAGUUGACAAAGGUUGAAUGCUGUGGAUAG